AUGAUCGCGUACGAGGUAUCGAAUCUAAACGAAUCAUUAAAGGCCUUUUCAAGAUAUAUCAAUACAAUCGUUGAGCUUAAAGAAGAUGUCCAACUUCAAGUGCAAGCUCCAGGAGAUGACAGAACUCAUAAUAUUACAAAAAAAAUAUUGUCUAAUUUUAUUCUCACCACAAGAGCUGGAUCAGCACAUAAACAUUAUGGAAUUACACUUGAAGCAUUUUUUUCGAGUGUUAUCGUAUCCUUGAUAUUUUGCACCCUUCAGAUUCUUUUGUUCAGUGUUUUAAGAAGAAAACUGAAAGGACUAUACCAAUUCAAUUCACUUGUGGAGCAAGCAACAAACUCAGGUACUAAAAAGGGUCGAUAUCAAAGUUCUAUGUUUGGGUGGCUUGUAGUUGCUUGGGCGACACCAAUCAACGAUUAUAAACGUAAGAGCAUGGACGCCUUCUUUUUCCUGCGAUUUUUAAGAUCAAUUUGCUACUUUUUCCUGUGCCUCUCAAUCGUGAACAUCCCCAUACUGCUGCCGAUACACUAUUGUUCAGGCCAUAAACCAAUAAUUCAGAAUGAAAUUUCAGAACUUCAAGGAUACAAUUGCGGCAAUUCGUCGAAAGAAAGCACUUCCAUUACGAUUCGGGAAGACCUUUUCACUGAAACUCAAGGUUUAGACAAGCUCUCAAUGUCGAAUAUCUCUCCCGAGCAUUCUAGCAGACUGAUUUUUCAUCUCAUUCUCAGCAUUUUUGUUGUCCUUUGGUUUCAUGUGCUUUUGAUAUCGGAACUGGAACUCUAUAUAGGGUACAAAAACAAUGCUCUAUUGGACAAUGAAACUCUACAUGACGCUGAUCAGACUAUUUUGUUCAUUGACAAUAUUCCGAGCGCCAUGAUGAACGACCAUGUGAAUUUGGUAAAGUUCUUCAAUUCCAUGAUGCCGAAUUGCGUAGAACAAGCUAGCAUCAUACCCAAAUCAUACAAGAAAUUUCAGAUGCACAGAAAAAACCAAUCGAAGAUCAUAGAUCAAAUAGAAUCACUUGAAAUUCAGCACCUUAUGAGUGAAAAGUACCAUAAGGUAAUAAUGAAAGAAUUAUUUGAGAGUUUUUCAAUUCUGAAAGGAUUAAUCAAAAAAGGAUCUGGCCCUUCUGUUCAAAAUAUUCCAGGGAAGAGCGAGAUGGAAAAAUUCAUUGAUUUUGAAAUGGACUUAAGGCCCUGGAUUUCGACUGAGCAUUCCAAUUUAAGCCAAAUCGACUCACACAUAUUCAAUAAACCAGUGGCGUCAUACAAAUGGAGUUAUCUGCAGUUUCUAUUCCGACGAGUCAUACAAGUACGUCUUCGUUUAAAAUUUGGAUAUCGCAAGAAUAACCGAAAAUGCAAAAUACUCAAUCGAACUUUUAGAAUGCCAUUCGCACACCAUAUACCUACAAUGAAACUAAACUUUAGUAGUGAUGAAUUGGACCUUCAUGAGAAAUUUGAUUCCUUAGCAAAAGCGUACAUCGACAAUUGUAAAGCCUGGGAUGCAACCAGCCGAAUGCUUUCCAUUGACGAUAUAAUGCCAUUAAAUUGCUUUCACCGCCAGUAUUCAAACAAUCGAGUUGAAAGUAAGUCUAAACUUAACAAAGCUUUCGUACAAUUCAAAAAUCCAGUUGCGGCUCACCUCUUCCACCAUAUUCUUUUAUCAAAAAACCUCAAUGAAAUGAAUAAUACCAUUCUUGCACCAAACCCCCAUGAUAUCGUCUGGAGUAACAUAGCAUGUUCAAUUGGCCCUCUUAACUUAAUUCGACAAACUUUUUCGAAUUUCUUAAGUGUCAUAGUGACAGUAGGUUGGGUUGUUCCUGUUGCAAUCAUUGGAUUGUUUUCUCAUAUACCAUUCCUGACAAAAUCUGUCCCCUAUUUUUCUUGGAUAACAGCAUGGCCAAGUUGGGUCAGCGACAUUGUUUCAGGCAUUUUACCCAUUUUAACUCUGAUGUUUUUGACUGAUUUUGUACCUAUUAUAUUCAGGUUUUUAAGUUUCAUCAAAGGAAAGAGAACAGGAACAGAAAUGGAGAUUGAUGUUCAAAAAUGGCUAUUUGUGUUUCAUUUCGUGCACAUAUUCCUAGUCGUUACAGUUUCAUCUGGUGUUUCUAUUUUUGUCGAAAAGAUUGUCAACAAUCCUGUAAGCAUACCCAAUCUUUUAGCCAGUAAUCUUCCCAAAAGUGCGAACUUUUUUUACUCUUUCAUAUUAAUCCGAGGAAUGGCAUAUUCCAGCGGUAAUCUUUUACAGUUCAAGGAUCUAAUAAUGGAGGUGUGUUAUUACAGCAUUGUGAAUGAUACCCCAAGAAAAAUGUACCGGCGCGCAUCACUCGUACCCUUCUAUAAUUGGGGAUCAAUAUUCCCACUAUUUUCGGCACUGGCCAGUAUUGGAUUAGUUUAUAGUGUCAUAGCACCUUUGAUAUCUCUUUUUUCCUCAGUUGCAUUUGGCUUGGUGUACAUUUCAUUCAAAUGCUCUCUCAAAUUUCAACACUGCCCAAGAUAUAAAACAGAAUCGCUGGGAAUACUAUAUCCGCAGGCAUUAAUGCAGCUUUAUGCUGGCAUAUACUGCUCUGAAAUAUGCCUCAUCGGGUUAUUCACCAUUUCAAAUCGUUAUAAUCUAUCAAUAUGCAUGGUUUUGACUUUCACUUUCACGAUCAUUGCACACCUUCAAAUAUCUUACAUCUAUCGACAGCGAGUUUGGAAUUUACCACUCAGCUGCCUUACUUCGACCGCUAUCAAAAGUAAUCCCCAAAAGUUCGAAGCAUUCACUUUCCGCCGAAGAUUAAAGACCUUAUGGAUUCCAUGGUCGUAUUUUCAGUCAACAAGGGAAGGAAAGAAAAUUCUUGACGAAUGA